AAAAGCUUGUAAAAAAUGAGUCAAAUGGUGACACGGAAGAGUGGUGAAGAAAAAGAAAAGGAAAAGGGAACAGAGAGUCCUGUAAAAGACAUGAAAAAGAAAAUGGCCGCCAACGCGGAGAAAGAAAAACAAGCAGCGGAGAAAAGCAUAGAGAAACCUGCUGAAAAAAUCGAAAAGCAGAAAUCGACGGAGAAACCUAAUGAUAAGCAGAAGCCAGCAGAGAAACCUAAUGAGAAGCAGAAGCCGACAGAGAAGCGAGUCGAGAAGCAGACUGAUAAACAGACUGAGAAGGAUAAGAAAGCAGACAAGACAGAUAAAGUGGAAAAGAAUGGAGUGGAGAAGAAACCAGAGCAGAAAGACAGUAAAGAAAAAGAACAGGAAAAGAAAGACGACAAAGGAGAGAAGAGCGGGAAGUUGCAGGACAAAAAAUCCGUCGAGAAACCAAAGCAGAACGGUUCAAAAGUGCACAAUGGCGUGUCAGACGUGAUGCUGACCAGCAACGGGUCCGAAGAGCUCCUCAACGGUGCAACGGUGAGUGAAGAGGAGGACCAGGACCUCAUAGACGAUGGACUGCACGAUGAGCUAUUCCCCGAACUGGCAUAUGACGACUCAGACCCCGAGUUCGAUCCAGCCACACCGGACGGGCCCAGUCGCAGUCUGACUCGACGAUCGCAGGCGAAGGCGACGCGAACGCCGGAGACGCCGCGCCCCGCCUCCGACAAACAGACCGACGCCAAAGACGAUGAGUCAAAAGUUCUAAAACUAGCUGAGACGCCGGCUUCAACGGACCGCAAGCUGCGUUCGGCUGAUUCGCCUAGACCGGAGAGCAAAAAGGAGAAGGAAACCAAGAAACAGGAGAAGGAGAAAGAUGACAAGGACAAACAGGAGAACGGGGAGAGGGAUAUUGAAAUUAUUGAUUUGGAUCAGGAUGAGGAGCCGCGCAAGACGGACACGAACUUCUCGAAGUCGCGCGUGAAGGUGUCCCCGUACCGGCGCUCGCUGCGCCACGCGGCCGCCGACCACACGCAGACCUCCUUGCUGGCCAACUACACAGGUAACAACACAACUAUGGAGAUGGACAUCACAGAAAGUUCCUCGUUCAUGUCGGAAGAGCCAUCGAUGAACGACAGCUCCUACCUCAGCGGACUUCGCAACAUCCGCGGCCGGCGCUCGUACAAGCCGCUUAAGGAGAUGACCAUUAAGAAGGUCGACAGGAGUUUGAGGUCUACCACGACCACCACCAUCACAGCGGACAGCGGCUCGCGGCCCACGGCGCCCGUGGUGGGGCGCAAGCGCAAGCCGCUGGACGGCGCGCCGGCCGACGCCGACGCCGACGCCGACGGCGCCGCGGCCGCGCUGCUCAGCAAGCGCAUGCGCCUGCUGGAGCGCAUCGCGCAGCCCUUCCGCCGCUCGCUGGCCGCCGCCGAGAUCGUGGGCAUAAACUCGGACCUGCCGCUGACGGCGCCGGUGUCGUCGCCCGCCGCCUUCGACCCGGAGUCGCUGAAGACGCCCGCGCCGCUGGCGCCGCCCGGGCCCCAGCCCGAGCCCGAGGCCGGCAAGCGCUGCGUGCUCAUGUAGGUCGAAGGCGGACGCUUCGAGACAUUAGUGUAUUGUAACAAUUUCAAAUGCUGUUUUCCUUAUACUUAGAGCGCUUACGAAUUCCCCUGCUUUUCGUUCUUUUCUUCAAUUUUUAUUUAAUUAAUCGUC